AUGGAGAACGAAAUUGUGAAGAAGCUGGACGUCAGUUGGCCUGUUAGAAACUUCACGAUGUUGAGAGGUGGCCGUGGAGGCCGUCACAGUCCAGAGCUGUACCCCCACACAUUGAAGUGCUCCAACGCUAGUGACACCAGUUCUGCAUACAGCGGCAGUGACACAAUGACGUCGGUACAUAGCUCUCUGGACAUGGAUAUGGAGGUUGAUUUAUCUGGUCUCCUAGAGUCUAUUGUAGACUCUGAUGAGGAAGAAGAUUUAGAAGAAAGUAUGGACAGCCUCACAGUCCGUGAUGCUGUUCGGGAAUGUCUUGAAAAAGACCCAAGUGAAAGAACAGAUGAUGAUAUUGAAAUACUAUUGGAAUUUACACAACAUUUGAAAGCAUUUACUAAUAUGACCUUGACAGUGCGUAGAGCAUUGUGUGCAGUAAUGGUCUUUGCAGUAGUUGAAAAAGCUGGCACUGUGGUUAUGAAUGAUGGAGAAGAGCAUGACUCUUGGUCUGUUCUUAUUAAUGGGCAUGUAAGUAUUGAACAUCAAAAUAGUGAAGUGGAACAUCUGAAUGUAGGUGAUAGUUUUGGUAUGGCUGAAGCUACACUUGAAAAAUUAUAUCACAGAGGUGUAAUGACAACAAAAUGUGAUGACUGUCAGUUUGUAUGUAUAACACAAACUGACUAUUAUAGAAUAUUGCAUCAAGGAGAAGAAAAUAUUAGAAGGCAUGAAAAUGAAAAUGGUGUUGUUGUGCUGGUUACUGAAUAUAGAGGAACUGCUGGUGAAUCAGGGCGCCAGCAAGGACAUGUUGUUAUUAGAGGCACUCCUGAACAGCUAAUGUUACAACUUGUGGAAGACAAUACCCGUGAUUCAACAUAUGUUGAAGACUUUCUUUUAACCCACAGGACCUUCAUUGAAGGCCCUUUGGUUGUUGCAAAACAACUACUUGCCUGGUUCUCUGAACCUUCAGUUCGUGAUAAAGUCACCAGAGUGGUGUUGCUAUGGGUGAACAACCAUUUCACUGAUUUUGAAACAGAUUCAAAUAUGAUGGAAUUUCUUGAAAACUUUGAAUUAGCUCUAGAUUGUGAAAAGAUGGAAAGUCAAUUGAGGCUGCUAAAUAUAGCUUGUUCUGCCAAAGCACGAACAAGAAGUGUAACUUUAUCUCGCCCAACAAGGGAUGAACCUUUAAACUUUACAAUAUUAGGUGGAUAUGAGAGGGGAUAUGGAAUAUUUAUAUUUAAAGUUGAAAAACAUUCAAAAGCAGAAGAUGUGGGACUAAAAAGGGGGGAUCAGGUUUUAGAAGUUAAUGGCCAGUCUUUCCAGCAUGUAAGUCAUGCAAAGGCAAUGGAAAUAAUUACAGGAUCAACACACUUAAGCAUCACAGUAAAAAGUAAUUUAUUAACGUUUAAGCAGAUGUUGUUGAUGCCAGAAAAUUCUCCUAGACAGAGAAGCAUUAAUUGGCAAGCAGAUCCUAGAGCUAGACUCUCGACUGCAGAAUUGAAACUUAAUGAUGAUCCCAUUACAUUAACACCAGUCUUUCCGUCGCCUACAAAAAAACCGCAAUUAAUUAAAAAGGAGCCACAAAAGGGUUUCAUGACCCUUGGGCCCAAAAGAAAGUUAAUAAAAGGUUUAAUUAAAAUGAAUCUAUUACCUAAAAAUACCAUAACUGAUGGUUUACCAACUGAUGACAGUAUUCUUUCAAACUCAGAAUAUUUAAAUAAAGCUAAUGCCAGUACUUCAUUUUAUAAUUCACAUAGUAAUCCAGACUUGAUAUCAAUUUGUUAUGAUGACUAUCAAUCUUCUGAUUAUCCAGAACAUGUACUAAAAGUAUAUAAAUCUGAUCAAACUUGCAAAUAUUUAUUAGUACACAAAGAAACAACAGCAAGAGAAGUAGUGAUGCUUACUUUACAGGAGUUUGGCAUCACUGAUCCCAGUUCAAACUUCUCACUAUGUGAAGUAUCUGUUGCCCAGGGUGGCAUUAUUAAACAGCAUCGCUUACCAGACCAGUUACAAAACUUAGCUGAGCGUAUUGGUCUCAGUUCCAGAUAUUAUCUUAAGACUAAUGGUAUUACUGAAACUUUAGUACCUGAUGAGAUGGCGCCUGAACUUCUUAGAGAAAGUGUUGUUCAUUUCCUGCAGCUAAAUGCAGUUGAGGUUGCAGUGCAACUUACUUUGCAAGAUUUUUGUAUUUUCCGACAAAUAGAAAGUACUGAAUAUGUUGAUGACUUGUUUGAAUUAAAAAGUAGGUAUGGCAUUCCAAUGCUGUCACAAUUUGCUGAACUUGUUAAUAAGGAAAUGUUUUGGGUUGUGACAGAAGUAGUGAAUGAACAAAAUCCUGUGCGGCGCUCUAAAAUUAUAAAGCAGUUUAUCAAAGUAGCAAGGCAUUGCAAGGAGUGUAAGAAUUUUAACUCUAUGUUUGCUAUAAUUUCGGGCCUGGGGCAUGGUGCAGUGUCUCGGCUAAGAAUGACGUGGGAAAAAUUACCCACAAAAUAUUUGAAACUGUUUACUGAUUUACAAAUGCUGAUGGAUCCUUCAAGAAAUAUGUCAAAAUAUAGACAGCUUGUUGCUACAGAACAAGGGAGAUCUCCAGUAAUACCUUUUUACCCUGUGGUUAAAAAAGAUCUAACAUUUAUUCAUUUGGGCAAUGACACUAAAGUAGAAGGAAUGGUUAACUUUGAGAAAUUACGAAUGAUUGCAAAAGAAGUUAGAACACUAACAAAUAUGUGCAGUGCUCCCUAUGAUCUCUUAACACUGCUAGAGUUAGGUAAGCAACCUCCUUCAAAUGCUAUGGUGGCUUUGAAUCAGUUAACAACAGGGGUGCAACAAGGUCAAGUGACUGUAAAAAGAAGGAAAAAGUCCUCUAAUGUCCCCAAUCCUAAAAAGAUGUUUGAAGAAGCACAAAUGGUUAGGAGGGUAAAAGCUUAUUUGAAUAGAAUGCAUGUUGAAACUGACGAAGAACGCCUCCAUUCUUUAUCUCUAGAGUGUGAAGGGGCUGGACCUGCUCCUGCCAUUCCUCGCCGUCGGCACCCAUCUCCCUCACUGUCAACGACGAGCAGUGCCUCAUCAGCCAGCGAGAGUAAAAAGAGCUUUGCAGGUAAUAAAUUUGGUACUGCCUCACCUCAAGCAGUGAGAAAAUUAUUAGCUCUAUCCGAACCCGCCAAAACAAGACCUCAUCAGCCUAGACCCCCACCACCUGGACCAUCACCAUGUUCACAUCGCCGUGAUGGUCCAGGUCAAGGCAUAUGUUGUCCUCGGACGGCACACGAGAGAUCACAUUCAGAUACACCAACUCCACUACCAGUAGACCUAUCAGCUGAAAGCAGUAGUGUAACAUCUUUAGUUAACUUGCCACUUAGAAAGACUGGUUCAGCCACGUCUAGUGAUAGUGGGCAUGGUUCCUGCACCACAGCUAGUUGCGUACGUCCCGUACCUCCACCGCGCAUGCCGCAAGCUCCAUAUACACUCGCUGCGCAGGUUGCGCGACUGGAGCGACUCAGUCGAGCGCAUUCACACGAAGGUGUUACCCGGCCUUAUGACUAUUAUCACGAUACGCCUGAUGACGAUGAUGACGAUCAACAAGUAUCAGCUGUUUAA